AUGGCUUCCGUACGCUCCCUCGGUGUUCACGAACCUUCGGCCGUCUCCUAUCUGGUUUCAGAGGAAAUCCUCCCUCCCGACCCCGCAGAAGAUCUCUACAAAUGGACGAUAUGUACGGACGAAAGCGCAUUGACUGGCCCCGUGGACGACGAGCUGGUGUGGACGAAGCACUGCGUUGUAUGGUCUCGUGCAGGGAUGGUUAAAAGAGUCUUUCGGAUGGAUCCUGAGAAAGAAGAGAUUCGACAUGCCCUGUUUACUCAAUUUGCUGCCGACCAUAUCAAGCAAUCGGGAAAUACACCUCUCAGUCGGCCUGGAGCAACUACGGGGACACAAGGUGCGCGAAAGACCGCUCAACGCAAUGGCAAGACAUCAACACCUGAAGCUUUCUCAACUUUGGAUCUGCAUGGAGAUGCGCGGGUAGCAGUCGUGGCUCCCCAGCAGUCUAACGAGGCCCUUUCCAGGGCUCUCGUUGUGGUCCUCAAAUCGCAAGCUCACAUCUUCUUCGUCGCGGGAAACAGUCAUACUAUACCCCUUCCUUUCGAGGUUGAAUCUGUCUUCGCAACCCCAAAAGGACUUGUUUUCCAGCGAAAGGUCUUAGACGAUGAUGCCGGCCGGCAGCCCCCAACUGCGCCGCCCAACUCCUUCAUGACUACUUCGCUGUUUGAUCCAGGCGCUUCGCAAUCUUUUGGCAUCCCGAGCAUGAGGAAGAGCAAGCGUCCUUCGACUAAAUCAUCAAACUCAGUACCUUCCUGGGUACCAAAACCGGGCUCAAGUGCCGACCUUCCUCGAGUAUUUUCCCUCAUCAAUCCUCAGUCGGAAAUGGGCCUGGUAGUGACAUCACCGAGCUCUAAAUGGCUCCAAAGCAGCGUCAGCAGUGCAAGAAGAAGGCCUUCUGGGCUAGAAGUGCUGGACCCCGUGGACGAGAUUGUAUACAUCUCCCCAAAGGACGAACUCUUGGGCACCAGUCGGGGUCCGCUGAACGGGGCUCCUUUGAUCCUAGUUGUGACUGUCAAUACGACCACAGGAAUCUCCACAAUCUGGACUGCGCGCUACAGAGACGAUGAAUCUGGAGGCUCAAUGAAAGAGAAGGCAAGACGAGAGACCGGGGGCACUCGGUCAGUUCGGCGAAGCUCUCACUUCGGUAUGGCCACCGGAGCAACAACUCCUGCCGCUCGCUCCGUGGCAGCCAGAGAGAGCUUCGGGCCGUGGACGGAAGACUGGCCCUCCGCCCAAGCCUCUCUAGCGCGCACCGAUCCCGAGAACGAUCUGGCUGCUAGGGUAGCUCAAGACUUCGGUGAUGUUGGUGUUCCUCUCAAGGCAUCCAGACGAGUCAGCUCGUUGCUUGCCCGUACAGACCUCGCGACGAGCCAGGAUCGCAUCACAUUCUCAGAGAUGGCUACUGGUAGCCAGUCGAGUACCAUGCCUCACGGAGCUGGGUUGAGACAGUCCAUAGGAGGAGCAAGCACACGUGGAAGCUUUGGUUUCAAUCCCCGAGGAUCCCUGCCCCCGGGCACAGGAUCCGUUUACAGCACCGCAGGCAGUUUCCUGGACGCCCCCGUGGAUAGGCUGCUUGAAGAGCUGAACAGUGAUGGUCUUUCUUCUGGAUAUGAGAAUGCUGCGCUACGUGAAUCUGCGUCAGGCCUUCCCGAAGAACUCCUGUUAAACAAAGUGGAAAGCUUCUCCUCACAAUUCUCGAGCUCGGGCAUUUUCCAAAAGUCUACUCAAGCGCCAGCGUCUCAACGAAUGAAAGUCUCUACGUUGGCUUCCACGGAUUAUGGAGGCAAUCAAAAGGGCCACACGGCCUCUUUGGCGGUAUGCAUCGUGGACAAGGUGUCACGAAACAUGACUAUUGUGAAUCUGAGAGCAGAUCGAGAAUCACUGUCGAAGAGUCAGAAGAAAAAAGCGAAAUCCACCGGACAAAGUUCGGUUCUCGUCCGCGCUGUAAGAAUCCAGAAUGUAUCAAACGUCCUGGAUGCUUGCAGGAUUACAGACGGAGAUAUCUCACGCAUCAUCUCGCUCAGUGAGACCGACUCUAAAAACCGCGAGCUUUCAUUGCAAACCCUCUGGGGUAGUCCCAUCAGAGUGGAUGUCCCAUUACCAUUACAGCUAUAUGAGCCGGAUGGCAUUUCCGCCGACAAACUUGAAAAGCGCCCAAGAGAAAGCGGCGUUCACCGAGUUAUGGCCGACCCAGGCUUAGUCUUCAACAGAUUUGAUCAUGGCUCUUCUCGAGGGAAGAUUGACCUCGUGGACAUAAAUCAGCAGCGACAUCGACUGCAGAUCCAGCUUGAGCCCCGCAAUGACCUGGUGAAGAAGAUUCUCAAAGUUUGCAAAUUUGCAUUGCGUGACUCCGAAAAGGCAGGGGAUGGCAUCAUGGUCGCUUGGUGGGAAGUGAUCAAAUGGCUCCGAGGCAAAGCGGACAUUGAAAACGAUCUCGAAUGGACCGCCAUGACUGUUGUCCUGUUGAGCUUAGCAGUCCCCUACGUGUCCCCUCCGCCAACGGAAGCACCCAAAAGAACGCGUCGGAAGAAGAGUCUGCUUAGGUCGAGCAGCGGCGGCAACUUGGACCUGGAAAGCUGGGAGACUAUGCUGGAUCUGGAAUCCGGCCCGGCAGGCGUCGUAGCGCCGUGGAUGAUGGGGAGCUCUUGGGGAUGGAUUGUUGAACAAGAUGCAAUCGAAAGCCUUACAACAAAGGCACCCAAGGCUGAUACUCAAAGCAAUGGGAGCUUGUCAACAUAUCGCCAAAAUUCACAAUUGGUUCGAUGCAUCGCCCUCAGUCGUGAGUUCCUCCAAAGCCCCCAGGGUGCUCGAGCUGUUGGCCAUGACGGAUACCUCCCAAUUUCAGAGGCAUUCUCCGAGAACACAAGGUGCACUGCCUUGUGUAGCGUCGUUGUAGCUCUACACCUACUGCGCGAAGAACAAAAGCUCUCUAUCUGCGAUUCAGAAGAAUCAAGGAGACCUCUAGGGUUGCUGGCUCCAGUCCUCGCCCAGUUAGGCGGCUGGCUGGGCUGGGAGUCCUGGAAGGGGUCCGAUGAUGCCUACUAUGGAACAGAGAUGACUAGUAUGGAGCGUUGGCAAUUCGAGGAUAACACCUACAUCUCCGGGCUCAAGAUCCCUGACGAACCCUUCCCACCUCCAUCCAUCUUUGAGUUCCUUAUGAGUGCUGCUUCUCACCGGAAUCCCUCGCCGUUCAUUUCCCUCUUGGACAUCGUGAAUGCUUCCGAACGAACCCCCCGAAAAGGUCGAAUGUGGCGUGAAUGUUUCAAUCUCACGCCUAGGACUUGUGCACUGAACGGCUUCUUCUCCGAGGUUCAGAGUGUAUCGACGCCUCUGGAGAAGAUUAAGCUUUUGCAACGCUGGGGGUUAACGAAAAGUGUCAUUGAUAGCUUCCCCGAAGGUGUGGGUGCUCCGCUUUAUGAGGCAGUGCUACAAUCUCAAACUGAGGCCUCGACGUCCUGGAACGCAGCGCUCCUGGAGCUGAUUGACCGUGAAGACCUCUACAUGUCGAUGAACUCUGCCCAGGCCAAUGCAGUGACAGCUCCACAGCAAACUUUGCUUUCUCACGAUUCCAUCCGUGACUUCCAUUACAUCAGCAGUUCUGCGCUUAAUACUGAUGCCAUCAACGCUUUUGAGGCAUCUGCCGAGGCUGAUCGGUCCUCUGUGACCAAGCUAAUCUUCAAGGAAGACAAGCGGUACCAGGAGGCGGCCAAACUACUCAGCCAAUCCAAGGCCCCGGUAGCGGAGUGCAUUGCAGAGCCUGGUUGGAGAGAUCAGGAUCUUUUAGACGCACAAAAAGAAAUUGUGCAGCUUGUGACAGUCCGAACACUGUCCACGCCCACUGGCCGCUCCAUGCUCAACUUCAGCGGCAGGUUGCCAUUGUUGACAGAGAAACUCCCUAUCCCAUCAUUCUCCUUGCAGUGCGUUAUGAAGCCCGACAACGUGACUGUCAGCGCGGACAGAGCUUUAUUUUCGGAAGAAAAGGUCUGCUGGGCCUUCUUCCACAACGGCGUGUCUACUGGUCUUGCAAUUUCCAAGGCUUCCAAGGGCAUCGAUACUUCAUGGAUCUUAUUCAAUAAACCAGAAGACCUGACAAAUCGACAUGCUGGUUUCCUGUUGGCCUUGGGUCUAAAUGGUCAUCUCAAAUCGCUGGCCAAAUGGGUUGCUUUCAAGUACCUCACCCCGAAACACACCAUGACAUCCAUUGGUCUCCUUCUCGGACUUUCUGCCUCGUACCUGGGAACAAUGGAUACCCUCAUCACACGUCUGCUUUCCGUGCACGUUACAAGAAUGCUCCCCUUCGGGGCUGCUGAGCUGAACCUCUCGCCAUUGACCCAAACCGCUGGUAUCAUGGGUAUUGGCAUGCUAUACUGCGGCUCCCAGCAUCGUCGCAUGAGCGAGGUCAUGCUUUCAGAGAUUGAAAAUAGCGAGCAUGACGAGCAAGCUGCUACACAAGAAGAUUUGCGCGACGAAGGAUAUCGCCUGGCUGCAGGAUUCUCCUUGGGUAUCAUUAACCUUGGAAAGGGCGACGACUUGCGCGGUAUGCGGGACAUGCACAUUGUUGAGCGUCUGUUGACCAUUGCGGUGGGCACUAAAAAUGUGGACAUUGCCCAUGUACUUGAUCGCGCCACGGCUGGUGCUACCAUUGCUCUCAUGAUCAUUUUCAUGAAGACGAAUGAUGCAGUUCUAGCUAAGAAGAUCGAUAUUCCUGACACUACUGUGCGCUUUGACUAUGUGCGACCUGACUUAUUCCUGCUGAGAACAUUGGCACGGCACAUCAUCAUGUGGGACAGCAUCAACCCCACUGCUGAAUGGAUCAGCCAAAGCCUGCCUGAAGUUUACCGGGGACGAUCACAGCUCACUGAUGUACGUCGACUGUGCAGUGAAGACAUGCCGUUCUUCAACAUCAUCGCGGGUCUCUGCUUUGCACUUGGUCUGCGCCAUGCUGGAUCAGGACAAGCCCAAGCAAGAGAUCUGUUAUUGUUCUAUCUGGAUCAACUUAUUCGCAUUUCGAGACUGCCCGUUCGAAGCUACGAUGCCAGACUCGCCCGCAACUCGGUGCGGAACUGUCAAGAUGUCGUGGCCCUAGCAGCUACUGCUGUCAUGGCUGGCACGGGUGACAUUGCUCUGUUCCGCCGUUUGCGCUCGCUUCACGGCCGAAUCGAUGCCGACACCACCUAUGGCAGCCACAUGGCGGCGCAUAUGGCGAUCGGUGUGCUUUUCCUGGGAGGAGGCAGUUACACACUUGGGACAUCCAACCAGGCUGUGGCAUCACUGAUCUGCGCCUUCUAUCCCAUUUUCCCAACUACAGUCCUUGAUAAUAAAUGCCAUCUCCAGGCUUUCCGGCACCUCUGGGUUCUGGCGGCAGAGCCACGCUGUCUUGUCCCCCGUGAUCUUGACACUCGUCGCCCAAUCUCCAUCCCUAUAACCAUCACAUCCAAUGGCGAGUCUUUACGCACCGUCAAUGCCCCGUGUCUCCUGCCAGAUCCCAGCGGAAUCACCCGUAUUGAGAUCCGCGGGCCCGAUCACUGGCCUCUCGUUUUGGACUUUAGCCAAAAUGACACUCUCCGCGAUAAAUUCCUCCGCGGUGACCCCUCUGUCUACCUUCGCCGCAAAGCCACCUAUAACCCAGCGAGCUCUUCCACAUCUGUUUUCGCUUCGACAUUGACUGGCCUCAGCGAAGCACAAGAUAUUCUCCCGACCACCGCCGUUGGGCCCUCCAACCCAGCCAAGGCACCUCCCCCCUCGGCCUGGCCAAAUCGUCUCGCUUUGCUUUCUGGUAAACAAUCCGCAGCAACUUCACCCUCGCAAAACCCUUGGGACUGGGUUUUCCACCUACCAUCUUUACAAGACCUCGACGUCCGCGAGCGUUCCCUUGUCCUCCCCUCAUCUUUCCCAAUGCGCUCACCCCGGAUCACCAACGAUCUCGUCUCGGCACCGCAAUGGCUACGUACUUCAGCUGUCGACGCCCGUCUCACAUUGUCCCACACUGUGCGCAACAUUGUACAAUCAGCACGCGGCCGUGGUGCUGAUCCCGAUCAGAUUCGUGAUCGGAUCUGGCAGCUUCGCUUGUUGUUCGAUUGGCUGGACCGCACUCAGCCUGGCGAAGAGCGCGAUCAUCUGUCUAAGCAGUUACCUCAAGGCGAACAAGCCCGCUCUGGACUUUGGUUGCGGAGGGACUUCAUUGAAGACGCGAAAUGGCAAAUCUGGGGCGUGCAAAUCGGGGAUCGUGCUGAGGCUUCAUAA